AUGCAUACGGAUGGUGGUAACACCAACGAUACUACUGAAGCUGUCUUGAUACCGUCGUCACGCUUUGCAGUCACUCCCACAACAGCCUUGCACAAUGUGGUCGAUUAUCUCCAAAAGAAUGAGUACUUUUCUAAUUGCAAGGUAUUUUAUUCUGACCCCCCUGGUUCCUUUCAAAAUUUGGUGUUUCCUCAGUUUGGGCAAUCCAUCGCUCCCAAUGAGAAAAUCGAGCUUGUGCCAGCCGACGCUGAGAACGGCACGGACGCUUUCAAAUGGAAAUCUCACAACGUCGUCAGUGGAAAUACCAUUACCAACGCCUUCAAGAUUCUCACGCAGAAGAGAUUGACAUUCGAGAAAGUCCCCCGAGAGCUACCCAUUACGACGGGUAUGAAGAUUGGAUUGGUGGUGUAUUGA